AUGUCUUCCGCUACAAUCAACACAUCUGGAUUCACCACUGUGGUUUCCAAGAAAACUGCGAAGACCCAGAAGGCCAUGGAGAAGAAGAAGUACAGCGAGGAGACCAAGAACGUCAACAUCGUUGGCAACUUCAAGAUCGUCGAUAAGACCGGCGAUGGAUCCAAAAAGACCAAGAAGGCCAAGAAGGCGAAGAAGUUCAACGUUGCUACCUCCGACAAGCCCGAGGAGACGCCCACUGCCAGUGUUAGUCGCAAGAAGGACGUGAUGGGGAGGAUCGAUAGGUUCGUCGAGGAGAUGAAGAAGAAGGAAGGCCCACAUGCAUUCAACGAGCAGGAGGAGGCGGACAUCCGCGCCGCCAUGUCUGCCUCUAUGGAGGAGAUUGACGACAAGGGCAAGGAGAAGAAAGAAGAGUCUGCUCCCAUGAACUUCGCCAAAGCCGUCGCCUCCAAGCAAGUCCAAGCCACCCAGUCUACUCUCAGCGCCGAACUCCCAAACGUUCGAAUCAUCACCAAGCUAGCAAAGCCCAUGGGCACCGGUUCCAACCCAGGUUCUUCCUCCGGCUCUGCUGGAGCGGCCGCUAAUCAGGUCAAACCUGUCAGUCAGGUCCCCAACAAAUCAGCGAUGAAAGUUCAAUCUACCGUUUCAGCCCCUGCUCCGACGAUCGUGCGUCAGGAGUCGCGUGUCGACCCCGAAGUCCAGUUGAAGGAUAGCAUCGUGUCUUCAGCCGAACCUGCGGUCAAAAAAGUGGUAGUUGACGAGAAGCCUCAGGAGGAAGCCGUCUUAUCAAAGGAAGAAAAGAAGAGGCUCAAGCGGAAGGCCCAGCAGCUCAGACAGAGGCAGGCCAAAGAGGCUGCCGCAUCAGAGAAAAAUGCUCUUGAACAGGCAAUCAAAGAGGCUGCGGUAGCUGAAAAGAAAGUGGAAGAAGACGAAGUUGCUAAGAAGAAGGCGGGUCACAACCCGGAGCUUCACAAGAAGCUUAAGGAAUUGAUCAAGGCGAAGGAACCUCGCAAGAAUCAAGCUCUCGCUAGUGCAGGUCCACGCAAGGGCUAUUCCAAUGGGGCUACGGUGGCGCCGGGCACCAUUGCCUUGACGAAGAAGGAGAAAUAG